UUUUGAGUUUGGUUAGUCAUUGCAAGGCCUUCCCCAAGCCCCCACCCAAAUACACUGUAAAAAUACCAAGUUUGUAUGUAUAAUUAAAGCAAUUUUAUAUAUCAAUCUUCCGUUGGAAAUCACCUUGUCCGUCGUUGGCGGUGAGAGAAAAAGUGUUAAAUAGUUGGGAUUCGAUGAUUGUGGGGUAUUUAUAAGUAGCCAAGCAUUUACUUAAAUAGUUUUAGUUCAUAACCAACUCACUCCCCGUGUGCAUCGCAAAACGGUGUGAGGAGAGUUCUUGGGUAUAUUUCUCUUUUUGUGUAUUUUUUUUUUUCGUUUAAAUUAUUUGUCGGAAGAGUGUCAGCAAGUUUAUUUGGCACAAGUUGUGGUGUGACAUAUUGUAAGUGUGAUAUCAGAUUUUGUUUAACCGAAGAACUUUUAAGAGAGUUUAGUAGCGCGACAGCAGCCAAAAUGCCCGCAAACGGCCAAUUGAAUGUGGAUGUGCAAACAGUGGAGGAUUUCCAUAUGUCUAGUGGUUCAGAGAGUGCUGGAUUAUCCGAAGAAGAUGAGGAAUUUGCCCAUCAGGCGGAUAUCAAUAAAUUCGGUGGUAUGAAAAUGGAUAAAAUGAAGAGUGAUACAGAUGGGAAUUCCGAUGUACGGUAUCAGAGUCAGACAAAUCGGACUCAUGAAAAAUUUCUGCGUGAGUGCAUUGAGGAAUUAUUGGAGAAGGCCAUCUUCUCCGGUACUGAUAGGUCAAGUCGAGUCCUCGAGUGGCGCAAUCCCGAAGACUUGGCCAGUACACUUGAUCUUGACCUGUCCACCGAUGGUGUGACGGACAGUCAACUUCUUGACCAUAUACGACAGACUAUAAAGUAUUCCGUAAAGACGGGCCAUCCAUACUUUGUCAAUCAACUCUUUUCCACCGUUGAUCCCUACGCCCUGGCCGGACAAUGGGUAACAGACGCCCUCAAUCCCAGCGUCUACACCUAUGAAGUCGCACCCGUAUUCACCCUCAUGGAAGAGGUUGUUUUACGUGAACUGAGAAAAAUCGUCGGAUUUCCCAAUGGUGAUGGUGAUGGUAUUUUUGCACCUGGCGGCUCAAUUGCAAACGGAUAUGCAAUUAGUUGCGCAAGAUACAAAUGUAUGCCAGAUGUGAAGGCCAAAGGACUUCACGCAAUGCCACGUUUGGUGUUGUUCACAUCCGAGGAUGCUCACUAUUCUAUUCAGAAGUUGGCCUCAUUUAUGGGUAUCGGUGCCAAUAAUGUAUACUCAAUACGUACAGAUGCAUGUGGUAAAAUGCAAAUGGAUCAUUUGGAGAGCGAGAUUUUGCGUUCCAAAUGUGAAGGUGGCCACCCUUUUAUGGUAUCAGCCACGGCAGGUACGACAGUGCUGGGGGCAUUCGAUCCACUCACCCAAAUUGCCGACCUGUGUGAGAAAUACCAGCUUUGGUUCCAUGUGGACGCAGCUUGGGGUGGUGGAGCACUGGUUUCUCCAAAAUAUCGCACGCUCCUAGCCGGAAUUGAAAGGGCUGACUCAGUGACAUGGAAUCCACAUAAAUUAUUGGCAGCACCUCAACAGUGCUCAACAUUCCUCACUCGACACACUAAUCUGCUGAAGCAAUGCCAUUCCUGUAAUGCUUCAUAUCUAUUUCAAAAGGAUAAAUUCUACGACACUAAAUAUGACACUGGCGACAAGCACAUUCAAUGUGGGCGUCGUGCUGAUGUCUUUAAGUUCUGGCUGAUGUGGAAAGCUAAGGGUACCAUGGGACUACAGAAGCACACGGAAAAGGUCUUUGAGAUGGCAGAAUAUUUCACUGAACAAAUACGCCAGAGGAGUGACUUUGAGAUGGUUGUGAAUGAGCCAGAAUGCACAAAUGUCUGCUUCUGGUACUUGCCGCCAAGUCUGAGGGAUUGCCCGCGUGAUGAGGUGUUUUGGGCUAAAUUGCACAAGGUAGCUCCGAAAAUCAAGGAACGAAUGAUGAAGGACGGCUCCAUGAUGAUCACAUACCAACCACUGAGGCAGAAACCAAAUUUUUUCCGUCUUGUCCUACAAAAUUCAUCCCUUGAGAAAUCAGAUAUGCUGCACAUAAUUAACAAAAUUGCACAACUUGGUGAGGAUUUGUGAGGCAGUGUAAAAUGAAUUAUUUAGAAGGGAAGUUUUCCAUCUCCUAUGUUUAUAUCACAUCCCCCUUCCCUACCCCCCUUCACAUAUACAUAUAUAUAAUACUUCACAGAGAUAAUUCCCAUACAGCUGAAACUUUCUGUAAAUACCAGAUUUCUUAAUUAAUCUACCCUCUUCCACUUGGAUGAUAUUUUCUGAUAUAUACUUAGAAGAAGAAGAAAAAAAACCUACCCCAAAGUACACGAAAGAGAGCAAGAGCGAGUGAUGAAAAAAAAAUGUGAAGAAAGUUAUUUUAAUGAAUGAUCUAAAAAUGUAGAUAUGAGACGAAAUAAAGAUAUCCCAUCCAAUCCAUUAGAGAAA